GACGAGAUGCAUAACUGGUGGUCGUCCAUCUGACGGCGGCGGCGAUUUUCUCCGUCCAUCCGUGGGAACGCGCUCUUUCUUGGUCAGCGGAGGCUUCGCCCCUCCUUCUUUCACCGCUGUCGUUAAGAAGAAGAAGAAGAAGGAGGAGGAGGAGGAGAAUCGGUUUUUCUUGCGAUUCGUGCUAUAUAGAAGAGGCGGACGUUUCAACCCCUUCUGCAGCGAACGCCACUCUACCCUUUCUCCGCAAUCCUUUCAUUUCAUCCGACUCUUCUCACAACUCUUCCCCUCUCGUCCUUGACCAUGGACAACGCCGCCGGCCCCCUGCCCCAAGGCGGGCAAGAUUUUCCGGCUAUCCACACCCACGGCGGCCGUUACGUCCAGUACAACAUCUUCGGCAACAACUUCGAGGUCACCUCCAAAUACACUCCUCCCAUCGUUCCCAUAGGCCGCGGCGCUUACGGAAUUGUCUGUUCGGUAUACAACUCGGAGACGAACGAACAGGUGGCCGUAAAGAAGAUUGCUAAUGCUUUUGACAACCCCACUGAUGCUAAGAGAACUCUUCGGGAGAUCAAACUCCUUCGGCAUUUGGACCAUGAAAAUGUCAUAAGUAUCAGAGACGUGAUUCCACCACCUCAACCAGAAGCAUUCAAUGAUGUCUAUAUCGCCUCUGAGCUUAUGGACACAGAUCUUCAUCACAUAAUUCGCUCAAAUCAAGCUCUAUCUGAUGAACAUUGUCAGUAUUUCAUGUACCAAAUCCUUCGCGGCCUCAAGUACAUCCAUUCUGCUAAUGUUCUUCACAGAGACCUGAAACCAAGCAAUCUGUUGGUGAACGCAAAUUGUGACCUGAAGAUAUGCGACUUCGGGCUUGCACGACCAACAUCGGAGAAUGACUUCAUGACUGAGUAUGUUGUUACAAGAUGGUACAGAGCACCCGAGCUUCUUCUCAACUCGUCAGACUACACGGCAGCUAUAGAUGUUUGGUCAGUGGGAUGCAUUUUCAUGGAGUUGAUGAACAGAAGGCCACUAUUUCCAGGGAGAGACCAGAUGCACCAGUUGCGCUUGCUAACAGAGCUGAUUGGAACACCGACAGCAGCUGAUAUUGAAUUUGUUAGGAGCGAGGAUGCUCGGAGGUACAUUCUGCAGCUUCCACAACAACCACGCCAAUCUUUUGCAGAAUUGUUUCCUCAUGUUCACCCCGUGGCCAUCGAUCUUGUAGAGAGAAUGUUGACUUUUAAUCCUGCUCAACGAAUAACAGUUGAGGAAGCACUGGCCCACCCAUACUUGGCAGCGCUACAUGAUUUGGGGGAUGAACCAGUUUGUGCACAACCGUUUCUCUUCGAUUUUGAGCAAAAUGGUUUGACGGUGGAGCAGAUGAAGGAGCUGAUAUAUAGGGAGUCUCUGGCAUAUAAUAAUCCACAGUUUCAAUGUUGAGCGACAGUAUUCGUGCUUUCUGUCUAUAUGGCAGACACUGGUUUGCUGAUAUCCCCAAGGGAAAGGAAGAGGACUAGCCAGGCCGCUCAUAUGGAUAGACACCCAUGCUGCAAUUCUCUGCUCUGGGUCCUGUGAAUUCUUUUCCUUUCGUACCUCUAUAAACUCUUUCGGAUGUUUCUGAUUUCCUUCCUGCUGCUAUAGAGGUUCCAAUUACGACAACUCUAAGACUAGUUGUUCCUGCUAAUUUCUCCUUGUAACUCAAUGGACUGCUGUGCUGACUGCACCACUAUGCCCUUUCUAUUUGCGAAUCCAUGAUGUAGUCAUCAACAUGUGAAGGGCUUCAAUUGGACCUACUUUCUUCAAAUUACAGUCAGAUGAAGUGAUUAAAUUA